AAAACCCGUUUAUUGAUAAAAUGAGGUCACGAACUCUGACCCUCCCUCAAACCGUAGCAAAUACCUAAAAUAUUAAUUUAUUAAACUAAAGCAACACGCUUAUGGCAUUCCAGAUUUCUAAAAAUAUUAGAAAUUUUAUCUGCCAUGUGCAAAUGAAAGGUUGUUGAAAGAGAAACGAAUUAGCAGUAAAACAGGAAGGAAGACAGUGGGUCUGCGGAUAGGAGCUGCUACCGAGUAGCAAACACAGCUAACUUAGCACCGUAGCAGUACGGUCUUGGAUCUUUGUAUUAUUGCGCAUGUUUUCCCAGCAUACACCUGUUCUGCUCCACUGGUGUGGACACCUCAUGGGACACUGAUGUGAAGGCGUGUGCAGUAUUAGAAUGGAUGGACAGUCUCAAAGGAUUCAGCUCAUUUCUACAGACAACAGCAUGGCUUUAGGACAUCGAAUCCAGAUUGUAACAGAUCAGCAAAGUGGACAGAAGAUCCAGAUCGUCACUGCACUCGAGCCGUCCUCUCCUGGAAAGCAGCAGUUUAUUUUAGCAAAUGCCGACUAUUCGCCAGGUGGAAAGGUGAUUCUGGCCAAGCAGGAAGGCUCGCCAAACAAAGUGAUCCUUACUGCUUCAGACGGGUCUGGGGUCAACCAGCUGCUGUUCACCACUCCUGAACUGGCUGGACAACAGAUUCAGUUUGUGACUGAAGGCUCAGAUCAGUCUAUUGUCAAGCCCAUUGUGGAGUAUUGUGUUGUCUGUGGGGAUAAAGCCUCAGGGCGUCAUUAUGGAGCCGUCAGCUGUGAGGGAUGUAAGGGCUUUUUCAAACGCAGCAUAAGGAAGAACCUAGUGUACACGUGCCGAGGCUCAGGGGACUGCGCCAUUAACAAGCUACACCGAAACCGCUGCCAGUACUGUCGGCUGCAGCGCUGCAUCGCCCUGGGCAUGAAACAGGACUCGGUGCAGUGUGAACGAAAGCCUGUUGAAGUUUCCACUAGAGAAAGGUCAGCGAAUUGCGCCGCCUCCACAGAAAAAAUCUACAUCCGCAAGAACCUCUGUAGCCCCCUGGCUGCUAUGCCAACUUUUGUAUCCGAAAAGGAAACUGCCCGGUCUACGAGUUUGCUGGAGUCGAGCAUGCUGCUCAACAUUCAGCAGCCCUUCUCCAAGCUGGAAAACACCAUCCUGAUUCCUGCCUCCCCUGAAAAAGAUGACCCGUCUCAAGGGGACCUUGGUACUUUGGCAAAUGUAGUUUCGUCCCUCGCCCACCUGAACAAAACCAGGGAGCCGAGUGACAGCGAGAAUGACCUGAUGGGAGUUGAAACGCUUAGCAACGGGGACAGCUCCAUGACAGACAUCCAAGCCGAUGAGCAAACCGCGAGUGAAAUCACCAGAGCUUUUGACACGCUCGCCAAAGUCUUACACAACAACGACGGCUCAGAGGGAGAGUGCCUGGAGACGACCAUGCAGCUGAUGUCGGGGGAGCAGUCGGGUCCCGUGGUAGAGCUGGAGGGGCCUUUGCUCUCUGACAUCCAUAUCCCUUUUAAGCUUAUGAUGCCUUUGCCUGUGCCAGAGUACCUCAAUGUCAACUACAUCUGUGAGUCAGCGUCCCGGCUACUUUUCCUCUCGAUGCACUGGGCGCGCUCCAUACCUGCCUUUCAAACCCUAAGUGGUCAGGACAAUGACAUUAACUUGAUGAAAGCCUGUUGGAAUGAACUUUUCGCUCUGGGUCUGGCACAGUGUUCCAGUGUUAUGAAUGUUAAUACCAUCCUAAGUGCUAUUAUCAACCAUCUGCAGACCAGCUUACAGGAAGAAAAAUUGUCCCCAGACAGAGGGAAACUAGUGAUGGAGCACAUCUGGAGGAUGCAGGAGUUCUGUAACAGCAUGUCCAAGCUAUCUCCAGACCCUUAUGAAUACGCCUACCUCAAAGCCAUCGUACUCUUUACUCCUGAUCACCCAGGCAUAGAAAGCAUACCGCAGAUAGAAAGGUUUCAGGAAAAAGCCUACAUGGAGCUGCAGGACUACGUUACAAGGACGUACCCAGAAGACUCUUAUCGGUUAUCCAAGCUGUUGCUGCGUCUUCCGGCCCUCAGGCUAAUAAACGCAGCUGUCACAGAGGAGCUGUUCUUUGCUGGGCUCAUUGGCAACGUGCAGAUUGACAGCAUCAUCCCUUACAUCCUCAAAAUGGAAUCCACCGACUACAACAGCCAAGCCGUGUCUGGCGUCUGACGAAGUGUGCCAUUUGUCAUAGCGAUAUUGGAUUGGGAAAACUUGGCAAAUAACAAUUCCGAGAAGUCAUCAGACCAGUUACUGAGUGGUUAUAGCAUAGUAUUCUUAUGACUUGGCACUUCUGAAAAUCAUUCUAAACUUCUAACUUCUCAGUAACCAUUAAGAGGAGCUCAGCUCACACGAAGGACAGAUAAGAAAUGCUCUUGAGGAAGUGAGCCUUCCAACCUUUGUUCAAUCAGGAAUCAACCCUUAAAUCCAAAGCAGAUUUAGCUUCUUAUUGAAUUGUAUUUUACGCUGCAUAGCCUACUUUUUUCUGACGAUCUCAUUUGUACUUUGAAUGAAACAGCAUGACUUUUUUUACAGCUUCUCCCACGUAGCCUGGCUUUUAGUUUGAGUAUCAUAAGGCAUGAAAAAAUUGUAAAUUCAUAUGUGAGAUAUUAUCAUUUAAAGGUCAUCACCUUUUAUACUAAUUUGUCAAACGGAUUGGCUACAUUACUCGUUAACUAUUGGGCUUCAUGUCAAUCUGAUUUAAUUGUAUAUACAUUUGUAUAUAGAAAGCAAUGAGAAAACUAACGGGCAACAUUUUGUCAUUUGUGUAUUGUAUCAUCCUUUUGGACACUUAUCUGUAUAAGAAAUAUGUUCAUGCCAUUGGAAAAUAAAAACAUCUUUUCAUA